GUCAAGGCUGUCAAGGCCAGCAUUUCGCUCUCGUGAUUAGGUGCUUGAUCGGGCCGGCCUUGACUACUCAACGCCAAGUCAAAUAGGCGGUACUCUUCAAUGAGUUACAGGAAAAGGAAUUACGACCACACAUCAGACAACCAUUCUAGGCACUCUCACAGUACCAGCGAACAUUCACGUCCCCUUCGUUCUCCCUCUUCUUCACAUUCCUACAGAAACAUAAAAAACAUUAAGACAAAGGAGUAUGAGCAGUACAGACCCGCCAGAACCGUUAUGCCCCUGGACACUUCAGAGUGCGCAGGUGAGAAAGCGACGUCUGAAACUGAGUCAAGAGACCAAGCGAACACGGAGGCGCCGCAGACGUCUCUUUCCGUGCCAAAGUUCCAGUCCAUAGUUUCGUGCCGCACGAUAGACAACUUCGAAUUCGUUGUCAAAGUGGGCAACGGGACGUACGGCAUCGUUUCCAAAGUAAAGGACAAGACCACCGGAGACUUCUAUGCAAUGAAGCUUAUAAAACAAGACAAUGAGAAAGACGGAUUUCCCCUGUCGGCGUUGCGCGAGAUCAAAACGCUGAUGCUAUGCAGGCACCAGAACAUAGUCAGACUCGAGGAAAUAGUCGUGAAUAGAGAUAAUACGAGCGUCUACCUCAUCAUGGAGUACUUAGAACAUGACCUGCAGACUCUCAUGGAAUCACGGGACCACCUAUGGACGAUUGCGGAGACAAAGUGCCUGAUCGUGCAGCUGCUCCGAGGAGUCGCAUAUCUACACAAGCAUUGGAUACUUCACCGGGACAUCAAGCCAGCGAAUUUGCUCAUGAACAACAUGGGCAUUCUAAAACUAGGAGAUUUUGGUCUGGCACGCGAGUACGGAUCUCCACCUCGUGCCAUGACUCCCGGGGUGGUGACACUAUGGUACAGAGCACCGGAGGUCAUUCUAGCCGGUCAGUAUACUCAGGCCGUCGACAUAUGGUCUUGCGGGUGCAUCUUAGCGGAGUUAUUGUCAAACAAGGUAUUGUUCCAAGGAGUCAACGACUUAGAUCAAAUCAAUAAAAUUUAUCAACUCUUGGGGACUCCAAACGAUCAAACAUGGCCCGGAUACACAAAUCUCAAACGUGUCAAAGAGUACAGAUUCCUGUCAAAUCCAUAUUCAAAACUCAGAAGCAUCUUUCCCCAACUUACCGAGUGUGGAUACGAUUUGCUGAAGCGGAUGCUCCUUUUCGAUCCAAAAAAAAGGAUCACUGCGAGCGAGGCGCUGCAACACGCAUACUUUAAGGAGGUACCAGCACCAACGGACCCGUCAUUUAUGCCGACGCACAAAUCAAGGGUCGACGGCAAGGUCACAAAACUCGGCCAGUACAACUAUCCGAACUAUCAAGAAGCGGGCGCAUUGAACGGGUUGGACCCUCCUCUGGAUGAACACGGAUCGUUUGUCUUCAAUGUGAAGGACAACACAAAGGAGCUGUAGCCAGAAAGAAAAUACCGAGAAACACAUCGAAGUGAUAAGCCUAGCAAGCGUUUGCCCAAAGCAGCCGUACGAGAAGUGACACGACGCUCUCAGAAGGAACGAUCAAAAACGGCUAACCAAGAUUUUCAUGUCAACUUUUAUCAUAACAACAAGCAUUACGCCAUCGAAUUUGCGUGUCAAAACAGUAUGCAUCUCCGCUAGUGGUAAAAUCGCGGGCAACGACAAAACGGCCCGGCCUUCUCUACGACCCCCCGAAGAAGACAACGAAAAGGGCCCUAAAAGAGCAUGAGAUGAGAAUAUCUAGCAGGAGUAAUCCAAAUGUCACGAAGAUAAAUAAAAAUGUCUUUGUAUACUUCUCUCAGUCAA